AAAGUACAGUGCAUCUAACAGCGAUCAGUACUCCUUUCAACUCCUUUCAAACCAAUAUAUACGACGUCGACUACGAGAGUUAUCACAAUGCCAUACUUAGCACACAUCUCCCUCAUUGUGCGCGACUACGAUGAAGCCAUUGCCUUCUACUCCCGGUUGGGAUUUACAGUUGUGGAAGACACCUUCAUCCCAGAGCAGCAGAAGAGAUGGGUUCUCAUCCAGCCACCGCUCCCCGAGUCCCAGUCAGGCACCUCAUCAAUAGCCGCGUCGCAGGGUCCAACUAUUCUCCUCGCCCGCGCAAGCAACGCAGAGCAAGAGGCCUUUAUAGGAAACCAGGCUGGAGGACGGGUGUUUCUAUUCCUUGCAACGGAUGAUUUUGACAGGGACUAUCAGCGGUUUUCCGACGCAGGCGUGGAGUGGGUACGACCACCGAAGAUAGAGACAUAUGGGAAAGUGGCAGUGUGGAAGGAUUUGUAUGGCAAUUUGUGGGACUUGAUUCAGCACUAUUAACGGGUUUUUGAUGGAGUUCUGGUACAAAAUAUCCUUGCUUUCCGUAAUUAAGGG